GAGAUAUUCCAAUUUUAAACGAGACACUCUAUAUAUGUAGUAUCAAUCUAACAAAUACGUAAAAAAAAAAAAAAGUAUCUUAUCGCUUAUUUCAUUUAUCAAUUGUUAAUUUUUUGUUUAGUGCACGUACAGUAUAUAAAGAAAUAAUUGAUUGAUAACUCGUUAUAUUGAUUAAUAACUAGCUAAAAGUUGUGUUAAACAGUGUGAAAUAAUGAAAAAAAUACUUUUCUGUUAUAUAAAGUAAUAUAUUUUCUUCAAUGUAACAUUGACAUGUUAUUAUAUUAUAUUUUUAAAUUGACUAUUGACAAUCCGAUACGACUUAACCUAAUUUAAUCGAAUAUCGACGAUUAUGUAACUCAAGUUACAGUAUUUUUUGUAAAUGUAAAUGAUUUUUUAUUUAUACGUUCAAAUAGCAUUUGUAAAUGAAAUUGAUAAAUAUAUAUAAAAAAAAUCAGUAGGAAUAUUAUCGUUAUUCUUUAAAAAUAUACAUAUAUAUAUAUUAUCAUGCAAGUUCUAACAUUUUUUCUUUAUAUUACACUUUUGUGGAACAUUCUUGUUCUAUGUGGAUCUUCAGAAGAUCAUUAUUUCGUGAUAAAAGCUGAUAAUAAGAAAGAACGUGAUUUAUUAAGAAAUCGCAAUUUAAAUCAAUUCAAAUACGAUCCUACCUGGGAGAGUUUAGAUGCACGGCCACUUCCUGAUUGGUACGACAAUGCCAAAUUUGGUAUAUUUAUUCAUUGGGGAGUAUUCAGCGUUCCCAGUUUUGGUUCCGAAUGGUUUUGGAAUAAUUGGAAAGAAGAAACCGGUACUAAAUAUCAUGAUUUCAUGAAGGAUCGAUAUCCUCCUAAUUACACUUAUCAAGAUUUUGCACGUGACUUUACUGCAGAAUUUUUUAAUGCAUCUCAAUGGAGCGAAAUAUUUCAAGCUUCUGGCGCAAAAUAUGUUGUAUUAACUAGUAAACAUCACGAAGGAUAUACAUUGUGGCCAUCGAAAUAUUCCUUCAGUUGGAAUUCCAUGGACGUAGGACCACAAAAAAAUCUCAUAGGUGAAUUGGCAGCAGCAAUAAGAUCAUCUACCGACAUCAAGUUUGGAUUAUAUCAUUCUUUAUAUGAGUGGUAUAAUCCAAUGUAUCUUGCAGACAAAAGAAAUAAUUUUACAACGGAUCAUUUUGUUACACAAAAAAUAAUUCCAGAAAUGCACGAGCUUAUUGAAAUGUUCGAGCCAGAAGUUAUUUGGUCGGACGGCGAUUGGGAGGCUACGGAUUCUUAUUGGAAAUCAAAAGAAUUUUUAUCUUGGUUAUAUAAUGAUAGUCCUGUCAAAAAUACAGUAGUUGUAAAUGAUAGAUGGGGAACAAAUAUUCCAUGUCAUCAUGGGGAUUUUUACACUUGCACAGAUCGUUAUAAUCCUGGAAUACUUUUACCACAUAAGUGGGAGAAUUGUAUGACCAUUGAUAAAAAGUCUUGGGGCUUUCGUAGAAAUGCUCCCUUGAAUGAAUAUUUUACACUUAACGAAUUAAUAAAAGAAUUGGUAACUACAGUAAGCUGCGGUGGAAAUUUAUUGAUGAAUGUUGGCCCAACCAAGGAUGGUAUUAUUUCUCCAAUAUUCGAAGAAAGAUUACGUGGAAUAGGUUCUUGGUUGAAGGUAAAUGGUGAAGCCAUUUAUAAUACUAAACCUUGGAAGAUACAGAAUGAUACAUUAACCAGUGAUAUAUGGUAUACCCAAAGUAAAAAUGAAAAGAGACUUUACGUAUUAAUUCUAGAAUGGCCAAAUGAAAGUACAUUAUCUUUGGGUUCUUUAAAAGUCCCUGGUAAUACACGUAUAUCAUUGCUUGGCUUUGCAAAACAAUUUGAUUGGAAGCAAUACCCAACGAAAUUAGUUGUGCAUUUACCAUGUGAAGCUCAUAAAGGAGAACCAGCAUGGGUAUUAAGGGUCGAACAGGAAUAAAAAGAAAACAAAGAAAACAAAAAAAAAA